UACUAAAUGAAAAAAAAAAAUGGCAAAUAUUAUGUUUAACAAGUUACAUAUGAAAUUCACCUAAAUAAUUAAGUUGCUAGUAUUAAUUGUUUCUACUUCCUAUCUAUCUAUUCCGACGCCAAACCGGUGAACAGAAAACCUCCAUAAACCCUCUUUCACAUCUGCUUCCAUGGCGGUAGCCGCCGUAACAACAGCCCUCUCCACCUUCCACAUCUCGAAACCCUACUCUAUUGCCUGCAACCACCUUCGCUAUCAUACAUUGUUUACAUACUCUCUCUCCUCUCGCUCCUCCGAAUUCAUCACCACCUCCGUGUCAUCAUUAACUGAUAAAAAACUCGUUGGUCAAUGGAGAGGAGAUCCUUGUUCGGUACGAAUCCUCCAUGUCAUGGCGGACGCAUCCGCCGUCAAUUCACCGGCGGAGAAGAAAUUGAGGUCGAGCAGAGGAUUGAGGUCGACCAGAGAAUUGACGUCGGAGCCGAGGUAUUCCAAAGCUGCGAGGAGGUUUUACAACGAGAAUUUCAAGGAGACCUCAUCGCAGAGGCUCAGUAAAGUCCUCGCUGCUGCCGGAGUUGCAUCUAGAAGGAGCUGUGAGGAGCUAAUCUUCGAGGGUCGCGUGACUGUUAAUGGCUCUGUAUGCAAUACUCCCCAGACUAGAGUUGAUCCUAAGAAGGAUAUGAUAUAUGUAAAUGGUAAUCGCCUUCCUAAGAAACUGCCUCCAAAGGUCUAUCUUGCUCUCAACAAGCCAAAAGGAUACAUUUGUUCAUCAGGAGAAACCCAAACUAAAUCUGUCAUAUCUUUGUUUAGCGAUUAUAUGAAGAGUUGGGAUAAAAGAAAUCCAGGGCAACCGAAACCCCGAUUGUUUACUGUAGGAAGGCUUGAUGUUGCCACAACUGGGCUGAUAAUUGUAACAAAUGAUGGGGAGUUUGCACAGAAAAUUUCUCAUCCUUCAUCUGGUUUAUCCAAAGAGUACAUUGCAACAAUAGAUGGAGCAGUGAACAAACGACAUUUGUUAGCAAUUAGUGAGGGAACAAUGGUUGAUGGUGUCAAAUGUAUCCCAGAUGCUGUGGAAUUGCUACCACAACAGCCUGAUAAAUCAAGACCCCGCAUUCGCAUUGUGGUUCAUGAGGGGAGAAAUCAUGAAGUUCGAGAACUUGUGAAAAGUGCUGGACUUCAGAUUUAUUCACUGAAGAGGAUGCGUAUUGGUGCUUUCAGGCUUCCCCCAGAUCUUUUGUUUGGAAAACACAUGGAACUAAAACCAGCUCAUUUAAAGGCAUUGGGGUGGGAGGACAAGUAAUGUGUUGUGUUAGAUGGUGUUAGAGAAGAAAGUAGAGUAAUAGGUUAUAAUCUGUAAAUUAUAUAUUAUCUCAUGUUCGAGCUUUGAAAUUUUGAAUGGUGGUUUAUUUAAACAUUUGCAAUGACUGUAUGUAUAGAUGUGAUGCGAGUAAUAAUAAUUUCAUACCAAAUAACAUUGUAGACAAUUGACUGAUUAUUUUACAAGGAAAAAAUACAUACCACAUAAUAACAAACAGGACCAAAAAAGGCCUUAUACCAACUACAACUACACAAAAGAAUACAAAAUUUGGGAAAACAGAGAAAUCGGGAACACAAAUGACUAAUAAUAUCUUCUAACUCUUGGGAAAAGGGGUGGGGUGCAUGCUUAUGCAUUUAAAAGAUCCGUAGAACCAAAAAUCAAACAAAACAAAAUACUAGUAGCACAAGAGGAGGUUUUACCAUAAUGAACACCAUCCAUCCAUGAUGAGUGGAGUGGAGUGGAGUGGAGUGGAUGUUAAAAGAUUAAAUAGGCAAGAUCUCAGCCAUCCUACCUUUGGCAUCAUCUGGAACUUCCCUACCAGGUACCUGCACCUUUAGAAGAUUAUAGUACCUACAGCAGUGAAUAAUGUGUCAUGCUCUGUAACAAAGGCAAGUAAUGCCUGCAC